AUGGAAAUAAAUAAAUUGAAUGAAGUUAAUCCAGAUGAUUUGGAUGUUAUCUUUAGAGGAAUCUAAUUAUUUAUUGAUCAAAAAGAGAAUGAUUUAGAAACAACAAUAUCUCAAUUAGUUGAUAAAUACAAAUAUUAUUAACUUCAGGAUCAUGAUAAAAAGUUUUAAUUAUUUUGUUAAACAAGCAGAUUAUUCCAUCGAUUCUAGAUUAGAGUAUCAGAGUUAAUUGAAAAGUGUAAAAAUUAAAAUGCCAUUAAUUAUGUAUUGAGCAUCAGAGAUAUACUUAAUUAUAAGGCAUAGAAUUUUGCUGUUAUACUUAAUAAAGUUCAUAAAAGGUGUGAGAUGCAAGCCAAUUAAUAAAAUGAAGACAAUCCAUAAAUUCAAAUGAAAAGAUCAGUUCCUUCAUGGCAGUUAAAUAGUUAAUAAAAUCGAACGUUGUUCUAAUUUUAUGAUAUUGAUUUUUGGAAACUCUAUGAUAUUAUGCUUCUCAACAAGUAAGAAUUUACUUAAUUAGACAAUAUUGUUCAAAUCUUAUUGUUUAUCAUUAAUCAAAGAAUGAAAAUGUAGAAAGAUUAUUUGUAUCCAGUUUAGAAAGAAAUUAAAGAUUUCUAUAAUCCAAAACCUUACCAUUAAUGGAAAUAACAAUAUUGGCAGACAAAGCUAAGAAAUUAAAAUUUCUCUAACUUACUUCAACAAUGGAAACACCUUAUGCAAAUAAAAAUAUUACAAUGUUUGGCAAUUAGAGUCCAACCAAAAAAACUCAAAUUAGUGUUAAACAUUCUAUGUCGAUUAGUCCUUAAAGAACUUAAAGUAGAGACCCUUAAGAUUAAGACAUAAGAAGUAUGUUUGAUACAGAAACUUGCAAUUUGUUUGAUAACAAUUACAGAGUUACUAGAGCAAAGAAUUUAUCUUUACAUAAUGACAAAAAUGUUGGUGGUUGUUCUACUUAAUUAAAAUAGAAAGGAAAAUCAAAAUUAUAGCAAGAGAAUUUUAGUCCUUAAAAGGGAUGUAAAAAUUAAAAUUGGAUGCUUCCAGAAAUAAAGUCUCCUUUUUCUUAAGAUUAAAAUGUUAUACAUACAAAUUAAUAAGAUUCUCUAAUCAAACCAAUACAAAUAUAUUAAAAUUAUGCUUUUACUUAAAGUCCUGAUAGAAGAUCUGCAAAGAAACCACCUCUAGGAUAAGAUCUCAAUAGUACUCUUUGUUAAUAAUUAUUACCAUAAUAUAGAAGUAAUAAUAGAGCAUUCUAAACAAUAAAAAGCUUUAUCCGUAAAUGA